ACUGCCCCCUUCUGUAGGGCUUCCUGCCACCUCCGCUCCGCGGGCGCCCCUUGUCUCCCUGUUGGCGACCUGGGCUCCUCAGCCUCCGGCAGUAGAUUGCGCGCGUAGCGGCCUCAGCGCCCAGCUACCAGCUCUGCUUUGGGCCGGAAAGCCGCAGCCGUGCUGCGUUUGGUCGGGCCUCGGCCUUGGGCCCGCGGCGGUCGACCCUACCUCCUGUGGUCUCUGCGGCGGGGUCGUCGGGAGGCGGGAAUAGCGAUGACCCCGCGACCAGGGUCCCUGUCGUCUCUGCCAACCUUGCCCGCGGGUGGUCCGCACGUGGGCCCCGGCCUAGCGCGGCAGAACCAGGGUUCACAGCCGCUGGAGUGACAUGACGCGUAACCGAAAGACUUUGAACACAGGUAUCGAAUGGGUUUGAUGCUGGUGUUUCUAGGGCUCUUUAUGGGGAACGCCCUUGCUGUGGACAGAAGCAACUUUAAGACCUGUGAUGAGAGCUCCUUUUGCAAGCGGCAGCGAAGUCUCCGGCCAGGCCUCUCUCCAUACCGGGCCUUGCUGGACUCUCUGCAGCUCGGGCCUGAUGGCCUCACGGUCCAGCUGGUACACGAGGUCACCAAGGUGGUGCUGGUGCUGGAGCUGCAAGGGCUUCAGAAGAACAUGACUCGGUUCAGGCUGGAUGAGCUGCAGCCUCUGCACCCCCGCUACCGGGUGUCCGAUGUUCUGGUGGCUGACCCCGCACCAGCUCGACUCUCUGUCUCUGGCCGUGAUGACAAUAGUGUGGAGCUGACUGUGGCCGAGGGGCCCUACAAAAUCAUCUUGACUGCGAAGCCCUUCCGCCUUGACCUACUGGAAGGCCGCAGCCUCCUGCUCAGUGUUAAUGCCCGAGGGCUGCUGGAGUUUGAGCACCAGAGGCACCGCAGGGUCCCUUUCUCGGAUAAAGUUAGUCUCACGCUCGGUAGCAUGUGGGAUAAGAUCAAGAACAUUUUCUCUAGGCAAGGAGCCAGAGACCCUGCUGAGGUCGACGGGGCCCAGCCUGAGGCUGCAGCUGGGGAUGGAGACAAGCCAGAGGAGCCAACAGAGAGAGAGGAGCCGGGGGCCUGGGAGGAGACUUUCAAGACUCAUUCCGACAGCAAGCCCUAUGGCCCCACAUCUGUGGGCUUGGACUUCUCUCUGCCGGGCAUGGAGCAUGUGUACGGGAUCCCUGAACACGCAGACAGCCUGCGGCUAAAGGUCACCGAGGGCGGGGAACCAUACCGUCUGUACAACCUGGAUGUGUUCCAGUAUGAGUUAGACAACCCCAUGGCCCUGUAUGGGUCCGUGCCUGUGUUGCUGGCCCACAGUCCUCACCGUGACCUGGGCAUCUUCUGGCUCAAUGCUGCCGAGACCUGGGUUGACAUCUCCUCCAAUACAGCAGGGAAGACCUUGUUUGGGAAAAUGCUGGACUACCUGCAGGGCUCCGGGGAGACCCCUCAGACAGAUGUGCGCUGGAUGUCAGAGAGCGGCAUCAUCGACGUCUUUCUGCUGCUUGGGCCCUCUGUCUUCGAUGUCUUCCGGCAGUACACCAGCCUCACGGGGACCCAGGCAUUGCCCCCGCUCUUCUCCCUUGGCUACCACCAGAGCCGCUGGAACUACCGGGAUGAAGCCGAUGUGCUACAGGUGGACCAGGGCUUUGAUGACCACAAUUUCCCCUGUGAUGUGAUCUGGCUAGACAUUGAACAUGCUGAUGGCAAGCGGUACUUCACCUGGGACCCCAGCCGGUUCCCCCAGCCCCACAGUAUGCUCCAGCACUUGGCCUCCAAGCGGCGGAAGCUGGUGGCCAUCGUGGACCCCCACAUCAAAGUGGACUCUGGCUACCGGGUACAUGAGGAGCUGCGGAACCAGGGCCUGUAUGUGAAGACCCGGGAUGGCUCUGACUACGAGGGCUGGUGCUGGCCAGGCUCUGCUGGGUACCCUGACUUCAUUAAUCCUGCUACGAGGGCCUGGUGGGCCAGCAUGUUCAGCUUUGACAACUACGAGGGCUCCGCUCCCAACCUCUUCAUCUGGAAUGACAUGAACGAACCUUCCGUGUUCAACGGCCCUGAAGUUACCAUGCUCAAGGAUGCCCAGCACUAUGGGGGCUGGGAGCACCGUGACGUCCACAACAUCUAUGGCUUCUAUGUGCACAUGGCGACUGCAGAAGGGCUCAUCCAACGCUCUGGGGGUGUUGAGCGCCCCUUUGUCCUGAGCCGGGCAUUCUUCGCUGGUUCCCAGCGCUUUGGGGCCGUAUGGACAGGGGACAACACUGCUGAGUGGGACCACUUGAAGAUCUCUAUUCCAAUGUGCCUCAGCAUGGGGCUGGUGGGACUGUCCUUCUGUGGGGCGGACGUGGGGGGCUUCUUCAAGAACCCGGACCCUGAGCUGCUCGUGCGCUGGUACCAGAUGGGUGCCUUCCAGCCCUUCUUCCGGGCUCAUGCCCACUUGGACACAGUGCGACGGGAGCCCUGGCUGUUACCAGCUCAGCACCAAGAAGUGAUCCGGGAGGCCUUGGGCCAGCGGUAUUCCCUGCUGCCCUACUGGUACACCCUCUUCUACCGGGCGCACAUCGAAGGCGUUCCCGUCAUGAGGCCCCUGUGGGUGCAGUAUCCUCAGGAUGUGACCACCUUCAGCAUCGAUGACCAGUUCCUGCUGGGGGAUGCCUUGCUGGUUCAUCCUGUGUCGGAUGCUGGGGCCCAUGGUGUGCAGGUCUAUCUGCCUGGUUCUGGGGAGGUGUGGUACAACAUUCAGAGCUACCAGAAGCACCAUGGUCCACAGACCCUGUACCUGCCCGUAACUCUCAGCAGUAUACCGGUGUUCCAGCGAGGAGGGACAGUCGUGCCUCGAUGGAUGCGUGUACGGCGCUCCUCCGACUGCAUGAAGGACGACCCCAUCACCCUCUUUGUUGCCCUUAGCCCCCAGGGCAUGGCCCAAGGUGAGCUCUUCUUGGAUGAUGGGCACUCAUUCAACUACCAAACACGCCAGGAAUUUCUGCUGCGGCGUUUCUCCUUCUCCCAAAACACGCUGGUCUCCAGCUCUGCAGACCUCCGAGGCCACUUUGAGACUCCAGUGUGGAUCGAGCGGGUGGUGAUCAUGGGAGCUGAGAAGCCUGCCACUGUGGUGCUCCAGGUUCCAGGGUCUCCCGAGAGCCAUCUGUCCUUCCAGCACAACACUGAGACCUCCACACUGGUUGUGCGCAAGCCUGGCGUCAGUGUGGCCUCUGACUGGAGCAUUCAGCUGCGAUAACCCAGGGCAGGGGUGGGGGUGGGGGAGUCACCUUCUGCCUUGAGUCUGGCCUGUCCCCGGCCUCACCUUCCCUCUCCUAGACAUCUGGCCCCGACAAAUGGCUGGCCCUGGACUCCGGGCUUCUCUAUGACCUGACCUCCCUGCACUCCCCUUUCCCCACCAUCCUGCUUCUCUGAGGACUUCAGCUGUCCCCUCCUUGUUGAUGCCUUGAAGACACCACUGAGGGUAUGGGCUAAAGGCUCUUCCUCUCCUUUCCUCUGCCCAUCUGGCUGCCCUCUCUCUGUACUGCUUCUCCCUGGCACUGUCCUGCCCGAAGCUGUCCUGGGAUGGCUCACCUGCUGAGGGAGGGAUCUCACCUGCUGAGGGGGCUGGGAUUGCCCUGACAGGCCCCCAUUGGGCUGACAACUGCUCCCUCCCACCUCCUCCUGGCAGAGUGGCUGGGCUCUUCUGGGGCAGUCACUGCUGCCUCUCUGUCCCUGGAGAAAGUGUUUCCACGGCUCCUCAAGUUAAGGAGUGGACAUUAAACUUACUCCUUUAGGGUCCCCUUGGAGUGUUCAAGAUGGAGAAAUUGGUUGUGGCUUGAUGGAAUCAUGGUCACCUGUAUUUAUUGCUGUGGGAAGAUGGGGUGGGGGAGAGGAUCAUGUGUGCCCAGGUUUGGCCUGAAGCCCGGGUGGGUGUUGGGAGGAUUAAUGGGGAAACAGGGUGGGGGCUGGGGGAUUUUUUUUUAACCUCUUUGGCCCCAACUGUGACAGGUUUUGAUAAAAGAAACAAUAAAGAGAUAAACUACACAAAA